CAGAUCUCUCAGUACCUCCCUUGUUACGGUGAGAGUACCGCGUCAUAAGCUUAUAUGUAUUGUUGUUGGCUCCAGCAAACAUUAUUGCUGUUGUGAGUGAAUCUAAAUUGAAAGUGCUGAUGUGAUCGGAUUUUUGUGCUGUUCUUUUUCUUAUUGGAAAUAUGUGUGUGCAUUUUUGAUUUAUCGAAGGUGAGCAGCCGGCGCAAAGCCAUGUUCCCCUCCCCGCGGGCCAGAUCGCGCGGCAACGUGCACGCUCAGGUCACCUAAACAGUGACGUCUACCACGCUGCAUAACCGCCACCAUGCUCAAGCAACUUGUCUUAUAUUUCAAUUUUAUUGCGGUUUUCUUCCGUUGCGGAAACUGCGAUGACACCGUAACGCUAUCAGUGACCCGCUACGCAAACGGGUCAGUGGAGCCCCCGGACACGCGGUCGGUGGGCCGCGUGCCGCCCUACCAGCCGCCCGCCAUCGGCCUGCCGGGGCCUAUGCAAGUUCCUGGAUUCAGACCACACAGUCCAUAUACGAGGGUUGAUGUAUGGCACCCAAAUGGACGCAUUUAUAUGAGUCCCAAAGAAUUAGUAGAAGAAGACCUUGAAGAUGAUCACCAUAUUGGCUGCAAUAUCCCAUGUUCCAAAGAAUUCUUUUUUUGCCAGACGACAUGCAAAUGUAUAGCUUUGGAGAAGCGUUGUGAUGGUAUCCAAGAUUGCAUCGACAAUGAGGACGAAGCAGGUUGCAGGAAGUCCUGCGACGAACAAGACAAUCGGACACUAUGCCACGGGACCAAUGUCUGCAUCGCGUUUGACUGGCUCUGCGAUGGAGACAAUGACUGUGGUGACUUCUCAGACGAAACACAUUGUUUGGAAGUGAACUGUACUGACGAUCAGUAUCAAUGCACAAAUGGACUCUGCAUACACAAAUACUGGUUGUGCGACGGAGAUAACGACUGCCGAGAUAAUUCCGACGAGAUGACCUGCCCAAAGGGAAAAUGCAGAGAAAACCAGUUUACAUGUGUGUCAGGCGACUGCAUUCCUCUACAUUGGCGAUGCGAUAAAGAAGCCGAUUGUCCUGAUAAUUCAGACGAAACUGACUGUCCUGUUGAUCUCCUGAGGUGCGGUGAAAAUGAAGUUCAAUGCGAUAACAAUAAGUGUGUGCGGAAGGACUUUCUUUGUGAUGGGGAUAAUGAUUGCGGAGAUUGGACAGAUGAAAACUCAUGUCCACUUAUGCCUGGGAACUGUAAUGCCGCUGAAUACAAGUGCAACGAUGGGCGAUGUAUCCCGGAACUCUGGCGGUGUAAUAUGGAGAAGGACUGUAUCGAUGGAGACGAUGAGUUGAAUUGUGAAUCACUUGGAAUAAGGAAUUGUACAGCUGAUGAACAUAUGUGUGAAGACAGACGAUGUAUUUCGAAAACCUGGUUAUGUGACGGAGUGCGAGACUGUUCCAACGGGGAGGAUGAAAUAAACUGCCAAGUGUUUUGCGAAGAAGACCAGUACAUGUGCAAGUCGUUAGACAGCAGUGCUUUUAGAAACUGUGUUAAAAGGAAGCAUGUGUGUGAUGGCAUGAAGGAUUGUCCGCAAGGCGAUGAUGAAGAAAACUGUCCAAAGAAUAGACAAUGUACAGCCAAAGAUAAAUGUGAAAAGCUAUGUAUACUGACAUACGACAGAAGACCCGCUUGCUCCUGCCCUUUGGGAUAUUUGCUAGCUGAAGAUGGCUACAGCUGUAGAGAUAUCGACGAAUGUAUGUAUGAACAAGAUCCAGUAUGCUCUCAGACAUGCUCAAAUACUCAAGGAAGCUUCCGAUGUGGAUGUAUGACCGGUUACGUGUUGAGGCCUGAUGGAAGGUCGUGCAAAGCAACUGGAGAAUCUCCAACACUUUUAUUUUCAAAUCGCAUCGGAAUACGGAAGGUGUGGCUCACUGGUGAAAAUUAUGAAACGGUAUUGAAAGGCCUCCAUACUGCUGUGGCUUUAGAUUAUCAUUAUGAAAAGAAGUUGAUAUUCUGGACGGAAAAUAACAUGAAAGUUAUUAGAUAUGCACCUAUGGAUAGCAAUAAUAUGACUGAUGUAAUACGAUGGGGAUUAGAAACUCCUAGUGGCGUGGCAGUAGAUUGGAUUCAUAACUUAUUGUUCUGGACGGAUUCCGGCACAAGGAGGGUGGAAGUAGCAACUCUGGAUGGUCUUCAACGAGCUGUAAUAGCGGCCAGUGAUUUGGACAAACCCAGAGCAGUAGCUGUACACCCAGGAGAUGCACUGGUUUUUUGGACUGAUUGGGGUCCACGGCCUAAAAUCGAAUGCGCGAAUAUGGAUGGAAAUAGACGGAAAAGUGUAAUAAUGGACAACAUCUUUUGGCCGAAUGGUCUAACCAUUGACUAUAUGGAAUCCAAGAUAUAUUGGGCUGACGCGAAGCAUCACGUCAUAGAGAAAGCGUCAUUUGAUGGGGGGGAUAGAAAACGAAUUACAAAUAAGGGCGUGCCUCAUCCAUUUGCCCUAACGGUGUUCGAAGAUGCUAUCUACUGGACAGAUUGGCAUACGAAAAGCAUAUCAACUAUUAAUAAGAAAACUGGUAUGGGCAUACAGGUUGUGCACGCCAGUUUGCAAGUUCCUAUGGAUAUAAAAAGUUUUCAUCCUUUGCGGCAAUUGACGACAUACAAGAAUCGUUGCGGUGUCAACAACGGCGGCUGCUCCCACCUCUGCCUCCCCAACAGUGACAGCUAUACGUGCCGCUGUCCCAUUGGUUAUAACCUCAAAUCAGACGGCCGAACUUGUGAAGAUACGCCGGAAAAACUUUUACUAUACGCGCGAAGAAAAGACAUAAGGUUAAAACUUUUGAAUCCACGUAAGCAAAUGGAUGGAUUGGAUAUGGUUAUACCAGUGGAUAGUAUAAAGUCAGCUGUCGCUUUAGACUGGGAUCAUGCGAGAAAGAGAAUAUUUUGGACUGAUGUGGAGAAGGACACUAUCAACAGAGCCUUAUUAAAUGGAUCCAAUCAGACCGUUAUUGUCAGCACUAAUUUGAUAUCACCAGCUGGUUUAGCAUACGAUUGGAUGACGGACAAACUAUAUUGGACGGAUGCUGGAACCAACAGAAUCGAAGUGGCCAAUUCGAAUGGUACAAUGAGAAGUCUCCUCGCGUGGGACAAUAUUGAUAAGCCUAGGGAUAUUGUGGUUGAUCCAAAAGGUGGCGUAAUGUACUGGUCAGAUUGGGGUAAGAACCCUUGUAUAGAACGUGCUGACAUGGAUGGAGGUAACAGGAAGCGGCUGAUCUUUGGGGACAUGACCUGGCCCAAUGGGUUGGCGCUAGAUUUGACUUACAAUCGUAUUUAUUGGACGGAUGGUGGUAAUCGUACCAUUGAGUAUGCGAACUUGGAUGGCACCGGACGUACUGUGUUAAUAGGCGGUCAACACUUAACGCAUCCAUUCGGCUUGGAUCUCUACGGUGAUGAAGUGUUCUGGACGGAUUGGGACACGAAUUCAAUUCAAGCGGCAAACAAGUUUACGGGCAAGAAUCGUAGGACAUUGGACGCUGGUGUGGAGGGUCUGAUGGAUGUGAGAGUCUUCCAUAGGGAUCGGAAGGGGGGAGUUAAUCGAUGUGGAAGAAAUAAUGGUGGAUGUUCACAUCUGUGCCUUUUGAAACCAAGAGGUCGAUCCUGCGCAUGUCCUACAGGCAUUAAAAUGACGGAGGACGGAAGGACGUGUUCAGAUGGGCCUAUAAACUUUUUGAUAUUCGCGCAUCGCAUGGACAUCCGAUUCGUUUCUUUUGACGUUCCUUACUUGGUGGACGUAGUGUAUCCCUUCCAGUCUUUGAAGAAUGCAUUAGGAGUUGACGUUGAUCAAAAUACUGGUCUCAUAUAUUGGACGGAUACUGCUGAACGUGUCAUUCGUCGAGCGGACAAAUACGGGCAACAGGGCAAGACUAUCAUCACAAGAGGAUUGCAGACAGCUGAUGGGUUAGCUAUCGAUUCCGCUGGCAGAAAGCUGUAUUGGACGGAUGGAGGACGCAAUAGUAUCGAAGUAGCAGAAUUGGAUGGAUCUAACCGAAAAGUACUUGUAUGGACGGGACUCGACUCUCCUAGAGGGAUAGCAUUACAUUAUGAGAGAGGCUACAUGUUCUGGUCGGAUUGGGGAACCGAAGCCAAAAUCGAGAGAGCAGACAUGGAUGGAACUCAUCGACGCAUCAUCGUUAGCCUAAACGUAGAAUGGCCGAAUGGUCUUGCAGUGGAUCGUAUAGAAAAUCGAAUAUACUGGAAUGACGCUAAAGCUAGAACAAUAGAAAGCUCCGAUUUUAAUGGAUGGGAUAAGAAGACUAUUCUCAGUAAUGUCCCAUAUCCGUAUGGAAUUGUGAUCGUGGGACAACACAUCUAUUGGACCGAUUGGAAGACUAAAGCGCUUCAUAGAGCGGAUAAGACGAAUGUGAAGGAACAACUGGUUAUAAGGGACAAUCUUGAAGGCUUGAUGGAUAUUAGGGCUAUUCAGGGCGACUACAAAUUAGACAACGAAUGUGGUACCAACAACGGCGGCUGCUCUCACCUAUGCUUACGCAACUCCCGCGGUUUUUCAUGCGCCUGUCCCACCGGCUUAUUGUUCGAGAAUACAACAGACACGGAGCCAAAGACAUGCAAAAAGCAUCCAGAUAAUUUCCUCAUAUUUGCCACUCGCACUUCGAUGACGAUUAUUUCGUUAGACACGCCUGAGUUGCGAGAUAUCAAUAUUCCGGUCGAACAUAUGGAGAGUUCUAUCGCGAUUGACUUCCACUGGGAUAAGAAGUUGAUCUUCUACACUGAUGUUAAACUUAAUCAAAUUAGGACACUGAAUAUGGAAAAUAUGACGGAAAAUAAAAUGAUUGUAAACACAAGUUUGGAGACACCUAACGGCCUAGCAGUAGACUGGAUUGCGGACAAUUUGUAUUGGACCGAUAAUGAAUAUAAGGUUGUGGAAGUUGCAAAAUUAGAUGGGACAUGCAGAAAAAUCCUAUUGUCUGGCUUGAACGAACCGAGAUCUGUAGCAGUAUUUCCAGCAAAAGGAUACUUGUAUUGGAGCGAUUGGGGCGAAAACCCAAGCAUAGAAAGGGCGGCAUUAGAUGGAACUCAAAGGAAGAUCAUCGUUGACCACGACCUAGGCUUUCCAAACGGUCUGACCAUAGACUACGUGGAACGGAGAUUGUAUUGGACGGAUGCGCUUAAAGAUCGAAUUGAUACGUCUGACUUGAACGGCCAACAUCGAGUACAAUUGGUACCGGAUGCUAAGAACCCAUUUGGUAUGACUCAGUUUUGCGAGUUCAUCUACUGGACGGAUUGGUUCAAGAAGGCAGUAAUGAGGGCAGAUAAGGAAACGGGUAAGAACGUAACCGCGGUUAGCACCAACUUCGAGAUGGCCAUGGAAAUAAAGGCGGUGUCACACCACCGCCAGCACGGCUGGAACCCCUGCAUGGAGGAGAACGGUGGAUGCUCCCACUUCUGCUUCUUUAGAGGACAUGACUAUGUAUGCGCCUGUCCUGAUGCACCCGAUGAAAGGCCCUGCUCUAUCACACCGAACAAGCGAAUAGAGCUGCGCAUGCCGUCCCACUACCCGCCGAACUACGACUACAUGGACUAUGAGCCGGCGCCGCCGCCCCCGCCGCCCGCACACUCCACCGCGCUACUCGUCGCCCUCGUCGUGCUCGCUGUGGUGCUUAUUGCUGCCGUACUUAUUGCUAUAGUUUGCGUGAAAAUUCUUAAGGAUCGCGGCGGUGAGUUAAAAGAGACACAUCGAGACUCGAAUUGCCAUAUAUCAUUUCACAACCCCAACUACGAGCAGAGUGCCGCUGGACUCAAUGAACCGGCUGACCGGAGACCUUAUCGGUUACAAGGCAUUUUCAAAUAUGACAAAAAUCAGGGGCGGGUGACAAACGUAUACAUACCGGAGGGAACUAGUCUCCUGCCCCCUCCCCCGCCGCCGCCGCACCGGCAGCCCCUGCGGCCGCCCACACACGACGACUUCGAACCCGUCACCUUACACUCCUUCACCUAAACGCCACACACUCAGUGGCGGAUUUAUUGAACACUAGGCUGAGGCCUAGAGCGGCAGGUCUUAUGACAAAACGGAAUCGGAUAACAUUGCCGCCUUGUAGAAUACCACCCAAAUGAUUUUGCUAUUCUAGAUUACAUCUGAUACAUGUAAAAAGGCGGCAAAUACGAACAGCAUACAUAUGAUAUACGUUUGGGAAACGGGUAAAUCCGCCACUGCGACUAGAAAUCUAGCUUACCGAAUAUUAGCAGAACUGUAUAGAAAUGACGUAAUACGACGGACUAUUACUUGUUAAUAUUUGGGCACUCGGAAAGUUCGAGAAACAUCUGCGCUCAACAAGGCGCGCACCUCAAGUAUUAACGAUGCCAAAAAAUUAUUAGAAUAUAGAAGAAAGUAUUAUAACUAUGUACAUAGAGGCUAACAAAGAUCCCGUGUUGUAGUACGUUUCAUAGAAAGCGUAUGUUAGACAUUGUCGUUAAGCCUAAUUCAGACUGCGAUAUGCGACUGAGAACUUUGUGAAUUUUGCGCACAAGUCGUCCCUUCAGUGAGGUGAAGUUUUGUAGUCGCGAUAUCGCGAGUCACUAAUCAAAUUAGUAUAUCUGUUGAUAAGGUAUGAUGAGAUUAUUCGUAUUAUUUUUGUACAAGUCGCUUGUCAUUCGACUCUCCGAGGCUCACGGGGAGCGAACGACGAGCUUUAUUGUUAUAUUGAGAUUUGUACCUAGUGUUUUUUUUAUCUGGUAUACAGACAUAGUUGGAAAUUUGAGAUGACUAUUCAUUUUUCCUUGAUGUCCUGAUCUAACGCGGUAUGGCUGUAAACAUAAAACAAUUCGAAGAAUUUGUUUUCAAAACCAUUGUUAUUUAGGGCCUUUUUCAUUGGGUGCUAUAUUUUGUUUAAAGUAUCUAGUAACUGUUGAAAAAUAUGUUUCAGAAGUUGUAGUUGUCUUAUAUUAAGAGGUGUGUAUAAAUAUGUGUGUUAAUUUUUCGCUUUAAAUUUGUCAAAAACGACACUUCAUCUUCUGUUUGUAGAUAACAAAUUUUCUUAAAAUAUUAUAAUUGUUUAAUUCGUUGCGUGCUCAAGUUUUGAUUUAAAAGCACUGAAUGAAAGGGGCCGUAUAAAUCUUAGUAUUAAUUCACCAGGAUAAUAUGGUGACAAUAAAAUAUCAAUUGUAAAUAAUUAGUUUUAAUUACGACGUUUUUGUCACACCUGUAAUUUUAUUGUAAAUAUUUUGUUUGUCAUUGACUCGGCUUUCAUUUUCAUUGGAAAGUAACCUGUACCUGCAAGUAUCUUGCAAACAUUGACAUCUCAUAUCACAAUAAUGUGUUUAGUGAAUAAGAUUUAUGUGCUUUCAAAUUGAAUGUGUUAUUAAAUAACAAAUUAAUCUAAACGUUAAUAAUAUCGUAACGAAAAUAUUCUUUUCUGAUAUGUUAACGUUUCGCCACACGAGUGCGCGCAAGAACAGUUCACAGGGUGUUUAUAAUCUAAGAUAGAAGAUAGUUUGUAGGACGGAUGUCGAAUACAAAGGCUCACAAUCUGAUAUUGAUCUUAUUUAUUUAAACAACUACGAACACUUUCAUUAGCUACCUCGUUUAUACGAAGGCUUGUUUUAGAAACUGUGCAGUGUGAUAGACAACUAUUAUUAAUAAAACACUGGCAUUAAUAGUUCAAAUGUAUGUACAUAGAAGCUAAAUAUAUUUUUAAACAGAUGAAAGAUUUUUGAAAAUGAAGAUUUAUUUUAUAAUUCAGAAUGAUAUCAAUUGAUUUUGCAAUUAAUAUAUUUUAUUAUUGUAUAAAGUGGCAACGAUUAACCAAUUCUAAUAUUUUUAUUAUUUUUUAAUAUUACUUUUUAACUGUAUGGAAUGUGAGAGUAGAUACAACUCUUUUGUGUUAUGAAAAUGUACUUAUUUAUGAAUUAAAUUCAGAAAUUAGUCCGCCCUAAGUGUAUUAAAUUGAAGAUUUAUAUCAAUUAUUUACUUGACAUUUCCUAAUUUCAAUCACCUUUUUUUAAAUCCGAGGUGACUCAGAGUUGUUUAGUAGAAUUUUAUAUAACGUUUCAAUUAGUUUUAGGUGAAGAUUUUAAUUAAAUUGUUUUGUUAUACUGAUAGCUUGUAAGAGGAAGAAAGUUGAGUGCUGUGAUACCAGAUGCUUUGUGAGUAGAGUGAAUUAGAGUGGUGAUGGUAUUUAUAUUUACAUUUUUAUCGUUUGAAAUUCUGACUUUAAAUCGGAUUUGGAUUAAAGGUGCUAAAAACGCACACGUCGAAGUUCCCAAAAAGUUUAUUUCUGACUGAAAAUGAAUGAUAAUGUGCCAAAAUUCAAAAGUAUUGUUCUUUUUACUUUAAUAUCGGUUGUCAUUCAUUCGAUCUUUAGUGUUGUAAGUAAAAUAAACAGCUUUUACACCUUUGAUGCCUCCUAAAAAGAGGUGUUAAAACUGUUGUCCAAUUUAUUAUUGUACUGAAAGUAAUACAU